GGACGAGCGGGUUCACUUAUUUCUACGUUUUGACACUACUGUAUAGACAUCAUCUCUCUUGGAGAAGCGAGGAAUAUUUAUGGGAUUCCUUCCUUCCUUCCUGCCAUUGUCAAAGAAGCCACUAUUCGCUCUGUCUCUUUCUCUAUUUCAGUCCGAUUGUUCGUCUUCCCUUUUGAUUAGGGGACGCGAUAAGCAUCACUAGCGUGGCUAGCUCUCUAUUUUUAGGCGUCGCUAGCGCCACUCGUUGAUUUCCCCGACGCCAAAGCAACAGUCUCAUGGCAAUAACAAAGCGGAUCCUUUUCGACGUUCAAAGAAACUUUCUAAGAACUUCACGGGAGUCAUUCGAUCGCGCUUAACGGUCUUGUGGGAGGACACGACCCUCGACAAUAAACAUCCCUGACCACGUUGUUGGCAACACUAAAAUGUAAGAACUGCGAAAGAAAAGACUUCAGGGGUUUAUUAUCUCACUGUCCAACUAAAUAAAUUCAAUGGCGCAGUUCUCCAAUCAUGAAGUGGCGAGUGAGCCGUUUGGAAUUAAUCCGCGUAACAAAGGCAAGACGGAUUCAGACUAUAGGGGAAGGAAACCUAAAGGAGUCGCAUAAUGGGAUCGUUCAUCGUACUAACGUGAUUCACGGCAUUUUCUAUUUCGAGAAAUUGACGAGGUUAGUUUUGCUGGCCAACUCAAUCAGAAACGCGUCAACAACAAGCGAAAUUUCAGCCGCUGCCGUCGACUCCAUCCCUUCACCGAUGCCCAGUUUGUACACGCGAACGCAACUUGUGCUAGGUCCAGCAUUGAACGUCACUGUUCGUGAAGGGGAUAAAGCUGUGAUGCCUUGCAUUGCUCCACAUUUAGGAGAUAAAACAGUUUCGUGGAUAAGACAAAAAGAUUUGGCCAUUCUCAUUUCCGGUGAUCACGUUUACACAAGCGACACGAGAGUGGCAUCUCUCCAUCCUUCGUCUUCGGCCCUAUGGGGAUUGCAAAUUUCACCUGUCCGAUCUUCCGAUGAGGGUUUCUAUCAAUGCCAAGUGAACACAGAGCCAAAACAGAGUCACACGGUUGUUCUUGUAGUUUUGGAACAAGAUUUGAAAGACUCGCCUAGCGUACCUUCAUUACCCGUGUCGACAACUGCAAGUACUGGAAGGAUACCUAAAAUGUCACUGAAGAUUGCUGGCAACAAUCAAGAACGGACGGCCAUCGAAGGAAGUAAUCUGGUUUUAACAUGUUCAGUCAUCCUUCAUGAGGAUGGGCUACAUGGAAAGAAUAUUGAUCUGACUUGGUGGCGCGGAAACUUGAAAUUUAACUCCAAAACCGCUGGAUCACAAGUCAUCAGCAGUCAAGCUGAGGGAACAACAGAGAUCAAAGCAGAACUGAAUAUUGGUUUUGUGAAGCUUUCUGAUGCAGGGACAUAUUAUUGCAGAGUUGAGCCGAAAAAUUUCCAGCAGGAGACAAUCAAAACAUAUUUCCUAAAAGAGUCUUUUGUAACAUUAAACGUAGUUAGAAAACACACAGAAAACAUUGCUUACCUCUUUAUGCCACCAUCUGUAAACCUAAUAUUAAUCGCAUGCUCUACUGUUAUGUUUUUGUAAAUAAAUCGGUUUAUUUCUGUUUAAAUUGUGUACUACUUCAAACAUUUUUAAUGACUUAAUACAUGUCUGCCUUUAA